AUGCUUAGAGGUUAAUUUGCUUAACAAAUACGCGAUAUUUGCUAAGUGUAUUGUUUGUUCAAUUGGGGGGAGGAGAUGAAGUUAAAAGGUUAGAGCGGCAACAGAGAACCUUAUAUUGAAACGUUGUUUCUUGCCUUUUUUUAACUUUUGAAAUACCACAGCAUUUCCGGCUGAGUUGUAAAUGAAAACCGACCUAGCAUUUGAGAGCAACGCUGGUCUCUUUCCUUUCGACAAAGAGUUGAACUACUUUGUUUCGAUGCAACGCAACUCGACUGCCGUCUUUCUUCGUUUUGGAGUCUAAGAUAGUGCAGCUGCAAGUUCAAGCGUGUCGAUAUUCCCUUUAUCAAAUGGCCGACUGUGAAGAAGCCGGCUUUCUGGUGGCGCUAUAUUUAUCAGAUGAACUCCUCAGAAUAAUUUCAAACUCGCAGAUUUGUGGCUUUGUUUAAAACACAUCAACUUAACUUUGCUCUCAAGCGGAUUGCAGCUCACUUUAGUCGCAUAAUCUCAAAACGAUAACAAAUUACCAAACACGAAAAUUGCGGCAAGAGAGUCUUAAUCAAUAAUACGCGGACUGUUUUCUACACCUGCUUGGUUUUAAUUUUACCAAAGAACGACCGACAAAUUACUUAAUUUUAAGAAAAAUUUUAAUAUCUGAUCCAUCUUUAAUACGGACUGGUACAUGUGUUGUGCUUAGUACGCAAGUAAACUGACACUUUGUGUUCUUAAAAGAUAACCUUACACGAAGAAUGUAAAUAUUACAAGAAAAUUUAAAGAGAUUUACAGUUUUAUUAUGCAAACUGUGUUAUAAAUUAAGGACAUGACACAUAAAUCUGUAAACCUUUCAACUGUUUAUUUACCGGAUGGCUUUCUUGAGUAGAAAAUGAAUGACAGAAUGGCAACACAGAGUUCCUUGAUUUUAAUGUUUGAGGCAGUUAGUAGAGUGCUAUCGUCAUUUCGUUAAAAUCAAUUAAAAUUUCGCGUUGAUGUAAAAUCAGGAUGGGUCAUUUGGUGUUCCGGCAAAGAGCUAAAUGGAUGUAUUCAGUGUUAAAUCACGAACUGAAUGGUCUUAGCUUUUCUUCUUACUGUCAAGGUUACAUUUCCAUCUUGUUUUCACUUCUUAUUCAGCAAAGGAUUUUCAUUAGUCUAAUAUAGGCUUCAUUGUUAGGCGCUUUUAUUCUCAUAUGGAAAGGGAGGCCUUUGUUAACACCUCCGAACAAAUCACAGCAAAAUUACGUUGAACUCGACAAGUGGACGUUGAUUAACGCAUGGCGAAACUAGGUUUUACGAGUUCGCUUUUAUCGCCGCCAAUCCUUGCCUAAACAUACAGCUGGUUGCGAUUCUUAUCUCGAGUAAUUUAUCGAAUGCUAAAUUCGCCAGCAGUUUUAGGACAUAAUUCGAUCCCCUUCUAAAGAGUAUUAGAGGUCUUAAGCUGGUCAUGUUCGUUGAAACGUUUGCAAUCAGAGAAAAGUUUGUUUAUGAAAAUGGUUGCGAAAAAUCGUGUACGCGCUCUCGAUCGACUUAACUUAGUGGAAGUUGUGCGUUUCGUUUGAUAACAAGGCGUUCGGUGUUUCCGGAAAGCCCGCAAGCAAAGGAUAUAAAACGCUCCGAACUUUAUCAAUGUUUACUCGGGACAGAUGUUAAGCGCAGGAAGUACUCGUUCGCGAACAAAACGCCCCGGUCGCUAAACAAUUUAAAAUCUCAGCAAGAUUUUAUUAACAAGAGAUUGUUUACUCGGUAUUGGUAAAACUAUACCGAAAUACAAAGUUUGCGUUGAAAACCUCAAGACCAAGGUCAAUCAAAAGAUGAGUUUCCGCAGUCCCCAUUUCGCGCUCUUUUCAUUAACUUACAGAGCAAUCGAUACGAACACUAGUCAACUGAGACCUGAUAACACAGGUUGAUGGUUUGCAAUACAUAUUAAAGGCGACAAAUAAUAAUAAAGAAAUCUCAAUUUUUUAAUUUCUAGUUACUACGUUCUAUGACCAUUCAAAAGCGGUCGAAAAAUCUUCCUUCGAAUUUUUGGUAUCAAAUCCACAAAACAUGCGACGAGCUCAAUUUCUUUUCUCUUUUUAUGAUUCUGCGCCUGGCCUAGCUAUAUUCUAUACUUCCUUCGAUCUGGCACUCAAAUUUCCUAAAACCGCCCAUUCACACACAAGGUACAGUAUUGAGCCUUUUACGUUAAUUAAGGCCUUUUCAAUACUUAAUAAUGCGUUUACAAGACGUUUCAGCCCAGGUGACAUACGUCACGCUUGUCUGGCGUUCUACAUUAUUUAUAAUACAAAAAACAAAUUUAUAAAUACCCUCGGCGCACUCGUCUCUGAGGCUUAUCUUUCCGUACGCGCAACGAUGACAACCGGAGCGAUGCAGUCGCAAAAUUAUUCCUACUUCGGCAGUAACUUACCGGGAAAAGACACGGGCUCUCAUGCUCAACAGUUAGAUUUUCCUUACACUCCCUGCCGAAUGCAGUCACCAAAUUAUUAUAAUCAAUCGCCGCUACCGAGUUUUAUGUCACCCAUGCCUCAGGGAAGCCUCGGUCAAGUGAAUGGAUAUACCGCGGAGCCAUCCACGUACCCGAACGCACCGAUUUCAGGGCAAAAUGGGAGCACAAUUCCGAUUGAUCAUCAAGGUUACUACUCGCCUCAAGAAGCAGGUCAGAACUGCUCCUUCCACCAAUACGCUUGGUUGAAAAGCACUUCUUCUGCGGAAAAUUGGUGGCAUAACUCAACUGCGGCAGGAAACGUUGCUUGGAACAGUAGAGGAGCUUCCGAGGGAAAACGCAAAAGGACAGCUUACACUCGAAAGCAGUUGCUGGAACUAGAGAAAGAAUUCCAUUUUAACCAUUUUCUUACCAAGGAGAGGAGAGCUGAAAUGGCUUCUCAAUUAAACCUCACUGAAAGGCAAGUCAAAAUUUGGUUUCAAAACCGGCGCAUGAAAUGGAAAAAAUGCAACUCUCAAGCAAUGAGUAAAAGCUCAAAACCUGGCACGGGUUCUCAAAAUACAAGCGCGGCUACAGUUCAAGACCUUCACAUUCCUAACCCAGUAUCACAGCCCUUGAGUACAACAUCCAUAAACUCACAAACAUCCUUGGACAACGCUACUGUUCCAAGCUGUUUGGCAGGCUAUCGAGGCCACCAGAGUUGAGAACUUAGCCAUGCGCGUUCAGCAAUUCGUUUAUAAUUUACGACUGAAAUCCUUCUCAGUCAACAUUCGUCCGAUCGCAUUCUUAUUUAACAUUUUAAAGAAACAUUUCUAACGUAAGGAUAAAGAGAAUUUUUUUCUUGGUCAUAAAAGAGAGAUUUUAUUAAAGAUGCAGUUAUGAUAAGUUGAUUUUCAAUAAUGUAUUUAGCAAGAAAUGAAUGAAUAUUCAGUGUAUAAAGCUGACUAGUCUCUCAUUAGCAAGUUAGUUCGGAAGUGAAUCGUUGCUCUCUUUUGAAGGCGACGCUGGGUCACGAAACAUAGACCACUUUCCACUGUACAUACAAACAAAAAUUAUAAAACGAAAGGAGCUGUAAAUAUCAUGUCCGCUAAACUGUAUUUCCAUAACGCACUCACAAUUUGGAAAUAACGUUUUCAAAACUUCGAAGAGACUUUUAUUUAUGCCAGAAAUAUUUCAGCGGACAAGAACCCACGAGUUGAAGUAAACGCCGUUAUUUACAUCAGAUAGGUUUCAAAUUGCUUUAAAAGACCAAUACUUGUAUUUAAUUUCUUAACGUUACACAUUUCUGCUAAGUUUGUGUCGUUCGAAACAAUCCCUCUAUUUGUGUAUGUUGUGUAAAGACUCAAUAAAAUUUUCUCUGUCAAUA